UCGCAAAUACGUGAUUUUGCCUAAUUUGACACUAGCGAACUUUUUAUUUCUGAAAUUGUGAAAGGUAGCAUUAAAUUUAGGCAUAUAUGUGAAUAAUACGGACUAUUUUGAAAAUGGAUCACACUGCAAGCAGUGUUCCAGCCUUUAUAAACAAAUUAUGGAUGUUAGUUGAAGAUGAAAGCACAAAUGACUUCAUCGAGUGGAGUGAGGGAGGAACCAGUUUCCGUGUUAAUGAUCAAACUGGUUUUGCAAAGUCUGUGUUACCGCGAUAUUUUAAGCACAACAACAUGGCAAGUUUUGUGAGGCAACUCAAUAUGUAUGGAUUUCGAAAGGUCAGUUAUCCAGAACAAGGUGGAAUGAGAUAUGAAGGGGAUUCAAUUGAAUUUCAUCAUCCUGACUUCCAACAAGGAAAGUUGGAACUUCUUGAUCAGAUUAAAAGGAAGGGCACAUCAAAAGAAGAGAUAAAAAUCAAAACAAAUGAUGUGAAUAAAGUACUGAGCGAAGUCCAGGAACUGAAAGGAAAACAAGAAGAUAUGGACUCGCGUUUAAUGUCCAUAAAAAGGGAAAAUGAGGGCUUGUGGCAGGAAGUGAUAACUCUGCGACAGAAGCACCGAAAGCAGCAGCAGGUUGUGCACAGACUGAUACAGUUUCUGAUGUCGAUUAUUCCUCAAAGGCCGGUGAAAAGAAAGAGGCCUUUGAUGAUACAGAAUUCUGCAAUAAACCCUAAAAUUAGAAAACAGAUACCAUCUUUUGAGCCUGCAUCGUCCUCAAAUUCACCUGCUUUUCAAUCAACUGUACCAGUGUCAAAUCAAAACUUAAUGCUGUCGGAGGUCCUAAGCCCGCUGGAUGAGACCGCUGAUCUAGGCACCACCGAGGCUCUUCCAUUGGUAGACAUUGACUUUCUCCAACCGCUCCCCUCCGUUGAGGGGCCAGCAGCCACGUUGACAGAGGUUACAGAGCCUAUUGUACAAUCACCGGCUGAAAUCCCAGCUUUGGAUAGCUUGAUUACUGAGGACACUUUCAAUUCCGAUGUUCCUCCUGAAAUAGAACUUCCUGUGCCGUUGACCUCUCCAGUGGAGACCAAUACUAGCAAUGGAGAUAAAGAUAAAACGUCAGAUCCUGGUUUUACCCUUGCACUUCAGCGUCCACUUUCUGUUGAUGAGCACAAACAAGAGUUAUCGGACCAUGUGGAGAAUGUUCAGACAAACAUAGACUUCAUUCAUGAAUUAUUAACAAAAGGGGAGUAUAGCUUGGAUCCUGAAACACUUCUACCGGUGUUUUACCCAGACCCAGCAAAUAUCACCUUUGAUAAGGAUUUUCUGAGCAAACUAGGGAUGCCCGAAGAGGAAGAACAACCUACAUUCUCAACUGGAAAUGAAUUGGUGCAGUACCAACCCUCCUCCAUCAAUUAUUUUAACACAGAUCAAGACUCGCUUUUGUCGUCACUUAUGAAUUCUGGAGACGCGAGCGCCAGUGAUGACGGUUCAACCAAGGACAAUGAAUUAGCGUUCGCGUAGGCUGACGCAAGGGCUAUAGUAUCCUUAAAUUAUUUAAACUGCUAUUAAAGAUUAUGCUUUGAGAUGGAUGGGGGAAUUCACUAAGUAUCUCGCAAUAAGAUGGUUGGGGAAUUCCCCAGUAUCUCUCAGUCAGUAUGUUACAAAAUAUAAGAUGGGUGGGUGAAUUCCCCAGUAUCUCACAAUCAGUAUGUUACAGAAUGUGAGAUGGAUGGGUGAAUUCCCCAGUAUCUCACAAUCAGUAUGUUACAAAAUAUGAGAUGAAAGGGGAAUUCCUCAGUAUCUCGCAAUCAAUAUGUCACAUAAUAUGAGAUGAAAGGGGAAUCCCCAGUAUCUCACAAUCAAUAUGUCACAUAAUAUGAGAUUAAAGGGGAAUCCCCAGUAUCUCGCAAUCAAUAUGUCACAUAAUAUGAGAUGAAAGGGGAAUUCCCCAGUAUCUCGCAAUCAAUAUGUCACAUAAUAUGAGAUGAAAGGGGAAUUCCCCAGUAUCUCGCAAUCAAUAUUUGUCACAGAAUAAAUGAUCAAUGCGUUAUUUAUUGUAAAUUUGUGUAUUUUGAAGUUUAACAACUAUAACCCUCGUGAAUGGUUGAAAUUUAAGGAAAUAGCCGCAUUAUUAAUGUGUUGAGGGUUUAAUUGAGUGUCCAGCUGAUCAAAUGCUUACAAGUAUAAACGACAAUAAAC